UGCUCCAAUUCCUUCUUUUUUGUGUUCACAUUCUUUAAUUCUCUCAAUUCAAAAACUUUCACACCUCAAAUUCAAUAUACUUUUCAGAUAUAUAAUGGAAAUUUCUUCUUUCCCAUUUCCCACCCAAGAAGAUUAUACUUCCCAAAAUUUCUUCACUUUUUUUCAAGAUUUUGACUUGCCUGACACUACUAUUGCUCCUCCUCCUCCAACUACUGCUACUUUUGCUUCUCAACCACUUCCCAAGAAGCCAAGAACUGAUGAUUUUGAUUUCAAUCCAGUUGUUGAAGAUAUACUGAGCAAAUUCUUGGGAUUUGACAACCAAGAAGAAGAGAAAACAAUUAACCCAAAAAUGGAUCAGUCAUUUGCAAAUCAAUCCGAUUUUUACUUUUCGAAUCAAGAAAUGGAAGCCCCAAAGCCAGUGGUGGGUAAUAACAACAAAAGGGGUCGUCAAAAUUCAACUGAAUUCAUCUCAAGUGAAGAGGAUACUAAUUCUCAGCCACCACAACAAAGGAGAUUAUGGGUUAAAGACAGGUCUAAAGCAUGGUGGGAACAUUGCAAUAGUCCUGAUUUCCCUGAAGAAGAGUUUAAAAAAGCGUUUAGAAUGAGCAAAGCAACAUUUGAUAUGAUAUGUGAUGAAUUGGAAUCAGUAGUGACAAAAAAAGACACAAUGCUACGUCAAGCAAUUCCAGUUCGUCAACGGGUUGCCGUGUGCAUUUGGAGAUUAGCUACAGGUGAACCACUUCGUGAAGUUUCAAAGCGUUUUGGUCUUGGCAUAUCAACGUGUCACAAGCUUGUUCUUGAAGUUUGCACUGCUAUUAAAGGUGUGCUCAUGCCUAAAUUUGUUCAAUGGCCUAAUGAUAACAAGAUGAAUGAAAUCAAACAGGAAUUUCAGAUGUUAUCUGGGAUGCCAAAUGUUGGUGGAUCAAUUUACACAACACAUGUUCCAAUUAUUGCACCAAAGGUAAGUGUAGCUGCUUAUUUCAACAAAAGGCAUACAGAGAGGAAUCAAAAGACUUCAUAUUCUGUUACAGUUCAAGGUGUUGUUGAUCCUAAAGGGAUUUUUACUGACGUUUGUAUCGGUUGGCCUGGUUCAAUGUCUGAUGACAAAGUCUUGGAAAAAUCAGCUCUUUUUCAAAGAGCAAAUAGGGGGUUGUUGAAAGAUGUUUAUGUUGUUGGAAAUUCGGGUUUUCCAUUAAUGGAUUGGGUUUUGGCUCCUUAUACUCGACAAAAUCUUACUUGGACUCAACAUUCUUUUAAUGAGAAAGUUGGAGACAUUCAAAAGGUUGCUAAAGAAGCGUUUAUGCGAAUGAAAGCAAGGUGGAGUUGCUUGCAGAAGAGAACAGAAGUGAAACUUCAAGAUUUGCCUGUUGUUCUUGGGGCUUGUUGUGUAUUGCACAAUAUUUGUGAGAUGAGAGGUGAAGAAUUAAGCCAAGAUUUAAGGUUUGAUUUGUUUGAUGAUGAAAUGGUACCAGAAAAUAUAGUCAGAUCAAUGAAUGCUGUGAAGGCUAGGGAUCAGAUUGCUCACAAGCUCUUACACCAUAACCAUGCUGGCACCAAUUUCCUAUAGUAACAAAUAGUACUUAUGUUUUUAACUUUGCCAAAAUUUUGUAUCCUGUUUCAAGGAUUGGCUCAAGUUUUUUUCUAUAGCGGGCAGGGGGUGAUUUUUUUGUAUGGCAUUUGAUGUCAUGUUAUAGAAUAAGUACAAUACUGUAAACUCUUAUAGAAGAUUUGAUUUACUAAAGGAUUGGAUACCGACAUGUAUUGGGUGUACUUUCUGACAGAAGUGAUGCAAAAUUUUUGAUAUCAAAUUAAACUUGAAUUGUUGUUACAUUA